AUGGGCGCAGGGACGUCGCAGCCUUCCAGUUCUCACGAUAUCAAUGGCAACGGCAGAACCAGCGGGAAAGCACUGGGCAACGCGCUGCGGUGCCAUGGAUGGAUGGUGUCCAAGUGUGUGCGGCAAUGGAAAGCAGCGGCGGCCAUAAACUCAGAAAUAACAAUUCCACCACCUGGGAAGGGGCAGGUCCGGGUAAAGCUGUAUGCUGCAGCGGUGAACCCAGUGGAUGCAAAGCGGGCGGCGUUUGGCUACCAGGUUUCCAGUUCGCUAUUUACCGGUGGCCUCAGCCGUGGAACCGGUGUGGCUUCAACGAUGCUGGGGCCAGAAACUCUAUUUCCCUUUCCUUAUGUGAUGGGCGUUGAAGGCGCCGGUGUCAUUGAGAGCGUGGGCUGGGAUAGCAGUAAAGAGCAGCAGUACGACUUCCAGGUCGGUGACCGAGUUGCUUUUCUUGCGGACAUGUCCCAACCGUUCGGGGGGACAUUUUGUCAAUACGCCGUAGUGCAUGCGGACGCGUUGGGGAAAAUACCGGCCCCGACGGACGGCAAUGACUUUAUUGAUUUCGUCGAAGCGUCAACGAUGCCAUGCUCAGCGGGCGCGGCAUACGUGGCACUUUUCGACAAGUUGCGAGUGGAGCGGGGACGGAGCAUCUUUAUUAGUGGUGCGUCGGGCGGCGUCGGUAGCGUGGCUGUGCAGCUAGCCAAGUACGUCGGGCUAUGUGUAUUGGCGUCGUGUUCAACAGUCAACGUCCCGUACGUCAGCAGUCUUGGCGCCGACUUUGUGUUCGAUUACACCACCAACAAUGUGGUAAAGGAGUGUCUUGAGCACACACAAAGUGUGGGCGUUGACUACGUGCUAGAACUUGCCGACGCCGCACUUGCAGCCAAACACGCGGAGGCACUACGGUUUGGUGGUUCAAUUUGUGUCCUUCCUGGGCCCAUGAACGCGAAUGAUGCGAAUAGCGGUGUAUUCUUCCGCAAGCAGAUAUCGGUGAGCUACGUGUGUUUGGCUGGUUUGUAUGGCAGUGAGGUGACGCGUAAGUUAUUGCGUUCUGUGGUGGAGGAAUCGCUGCGGUUGUAUCAGAAUGGCGCGUUUCGCCUACAUGUGGAAACAGCCUCAAUUGAGCGCGUGCGCGAUGUGAUGGACGUGGUGGCCUCAGGGCAUGCGCGGGGGAAAAUCGUCUUGACAGACUUUCACCCAACAGAAUCCCCCGGAGUUGACGCGGCCGUCGGAAGUCGCAGAAGAAAGCAAGUCAGGGAUGCUGCCAAGUUAACGGCACCGGCUGGGGAUGCCACCGCGCGAUAA